GCUGCGCCCUGCGGCAAGAAGUUAAGACGAACACGGAGACAGCUCACCGAAAUAAAGGAAGCUGAAGGAAGGAAGAAAAAAGAAAGCGAGGAAGGAGGGAAAGAUGAAUCCAGGCAGCCUAUUCACUAUCAUCACCAACAGCACGCUUUUAGCGACGAGGCUCCUGACCAACCCUUCGGAGGAGAUUCUCAGCUUCUCCCAAAACCAUUACUGUGUGGAGAUACCUGAGUCCUCCCCGCUGGCCUCCACCGUCCUCCACGUCUCCGCUCUCCACCGCAAUCUCAACCUCCAGCACCAAGUUCGAUACUCCAUUCCCGAGGGCAACCGAGACGGGCUGUUCACCAUCCACCGCCACACGGGUCUCGUCUCGCUGGCGGCCCCGCUCGACUACGAGACAAAGAGGACGCAUGAGUUGGUGGUCUCGGCGGAGUGCUGUAGUGGCGGCGGCGGGAGCGUGGUGGCCCGGGUGGGGGUGAGCGUGCUCGUGAGGGACGCCAACGACCACGCCCCCUCCUUCCCACGCCCGCCCCCGCGACUAACCGUGGUGGAGGAGGACGAUCGUGACCUGCCUGCCCCCCUUCUGCAGGUCGAGGCCGUGGACGGGGACGAGUGUGACGCCGGGACGUUGGUGUUUAGUGUGGCUGGUGACGGCGUGGAUGACAUGUCCCCCGCCGACGCCUACUUCAGCGUUGACCCCCACAGCGGCACACUGCAUCAGCUGAGGGCGUUGGACAGAGACCCGCCCGAGGGAAGGAGUGUGUGGAGGGUGAGGAUACAGGUGAGGGACGGCCAGGUGCGGAGGAGGAAGAGGAGGCAAGAGGAGGAAGGAAAGAGGACGAAGAUGAAAGAGGAGGAGGAAGGGGAGGAGGAGGAAAGCAGGAACGAAGGGACGAAAGUAAAGAGAAGCCACGAAAGCAACAACAUCAUCAACGACAACAAAAACAGCAACAGCAAAAACAACAACUAUCAAAACUUCUUCCCAAAACAGCCCCAAAGUCUCCAAGUACGCGCAGACAAUCCUGAAAGUAGAAAUGAAAAUCGCCCAAAAGAUCAAGAGGAAAAGAGGAAGAAAAGUAGUAAAGUAAAUGAGGAAGAAGACAGAAAGAACCCGAAAGGCGCAGAGGAAAACGACGAGGACAGUCAAGGAAAUAGAGAAAAGAGACAUAGGUUCGAAGAAAACGGAAGUCAAAGAGACGAAGAAGAAGAAAGGAUGAUCCCGGGAGAGAGUGGCGGAGAGGAAAACCGAAAUAGUCAUUCUGUUAACGGAAAGUUUAACACAGAUCAACGAGGAAGAGAUGGGGGAGGAGGAGGAGGAGGAGGAGGAGGAAGAGGAGGAGAAAGCAGAAAUAGAGAGAAAAGAGGAAAAGACGAGGGAAGAGAAGAAGCAAGAGUAGGAAAAUCAUGGGUAAUGGAAGGAACAGCUCACAAUUCAGAAGGCGGAAGCGAAAUAGGAGGAGGAGGAGGAGCAGCAGCAGGAGGAGGAGGAGGAGGAGAAAGACUUGGAAAUAGAAACGAAAAAUGUGAGGGACGUUUCUAUAGUAACAGUGGAGGUGAAGAUGAUGAGCAAGGAGGUGGAGGUGACACGGAGAAAGGCAAAACAGGUGGAAGGGCUCGUGUUGACUCUGGUGAAACUCCUGCUGGUGGUGAUGGUGAUGAGGAUGAAGAUGGUGAUGAAGAAGAACUUGGAAGCAGCAGUGGUGGGAGUAAGUGCGUGGCGGAGCAGGACGGGGAGGUGGCGGUGCAUGUGGAGGAGACGGUGGUGGUGAUAGACGUGAGGGACAUCAACGACAACGCUCCGCACUUCCCCCUCACCACCACCUACGGGAGGGUGCUGGAGAACGGGCCUGAAGGUCUUCAAGUGGCACAAGUCUUCGCCACCGAUCUGGACGACCCCAAGAGCAAGAACUCCGAAGUGAGAUACUCCAUCGGCAAGAACGUGGUGGACGAAGGGACCGGCAGCGCACUCUUCACCGUGGAAGCAGAGACCGGCGUGCUCACUACCGCCCUCUGUUGUCUGGAUAGGGAGCGAGCCCCGAAGUACCGUCUUCAAGUUGUGGCUGCCGACGGGGGAGGCUUGAAGGGGACAGGCACGGUGCUGGUGGAGGUGACGGACAUGAACGACAACCGGCCGCGUCUGGAGCAACACGUGUGGGAGGCGGACGUGAACGAAACGACGAAGGGGGAGGAGCUGGCGGCCCUCUCGCUCCUCCGCCUCUCCCUCCUCGACCAGGACACCAACAACCAGUUCCUCUACCGGGUGGUGGAGGGCAGCGGCUGGGGUUGGCAGCUGUUCGGGGUGAGGACGGAGGGAGCAGCGGGCCACCUCCACCCCCUGGCCCCCCUGGACUACGAGGACCCAAGACACGCCCUCGGGUUCUCCUUCCUCGUCCAAGUCACUGACAGGGGUGAGGGCGGCUUUGACGACCCGCUACAUACAGACUCGGCCAGCGUCAAGAUCAACCUCCUAAAUGUGAACGAUAACCCGCCCGCCCUUGCCCGCCCGCACGCCAACGCCACGCUGAGGGAAGACGCGCACCUGGGGACACUCAUCACCACCAUACCUGCCCACGACCCGGACGAGGGCGGGAACGGGGUCGUCGACUACCGUGUGGAGGGAGGCUGGGGUGCGCUGGGGGUGGACGAGGGGGGCGGGGUGAGACUGCUACGCCACCUGGAUCGCGAGGCACCAGGAGGGGCGAGGACACUAGCCCGCAUCCUCGCCGUGGACAGAGGAACGCCCCCACUCACCUCUACCGCCACCCUGACACUCAAUGUGCUGGAUGUGAACGACUGCGCCCCGAACCUGCUUCCGCCCACCGUCUUCCAUGUCCCCGAAGGAGCGCCGGCCACAUUCCUGGGUCUCCUGCGCGCCACCGACAGGGACGUGUGGUCGCUGGGACAUGGCCCGCCCUUCUCCUUCUUCCUCGAUCCAUCCAACCCACCGCAUAUCCUGCAGAGUCUUGAGCUGCGGCGUGAUGCUGGUGAGUGUGUGGGUAUUGGGCGUAUUUGGUUAGUAGUGGUGGUGUUGUUACCAUCUGCACUACGAAUUGAAGAAAACGAGAGCGACGCCGACGACGAGAACCACAACGAAGGAGACGAGAUCGAGAAAGAAGAAGGGAAGGUCGUGGUCGGAAGGGACGAGGUCGGUCUCUGGACGCUACGACCCCUCGACAGAGAGAAGCAGAGGCGGCUGGAGGCUCGCGUGGUCGUUGCUGACGUCGGCGGUCGGUCGGCUUCUCAUGUGAUCGUCGUGGUCGUGGGUGACGUGAACGACCACUCCAUGAAACCCGCGGCCAAGACGGUGUAUUGGUGGCACACGCAGGGAGGGAGGUCAGAGGUUGCCCUGGGUCGCGUGCACGUGGAUGACCCGGAUGACUGUGACCUCGCCGACAAGACCUUCCGCUGGGCCGGCCUCCCCCCGCCCCCUCUCUUCUCCCUCAACCCCAGCACCGGCGCGCUCUUCGCCUCCCCCCACCUACAGCCCGGCAGAUACGAACUUCGCCUCCUGGUCAGCGACAAGGCGUGGGCUCAGGAGGGCGUGGAGGCUAACGUGACGGUGGUGGUGCGCCCGCUGACCCACGCCAUGCUCCGCCACGCCGCCCGCCUCAUCCUCACGCCCACCAGCCACGCCCACGCCUCAGCAACGCCCGCCAGCCUCCUCGAAGGGUGGGCGCCGAGGAAAGAUGGAGGACUGCUGGGUCGACUUCUCAGAGUGGUGGAGGAAGUGGUGGAGAAUGAGGAGGAAGAGGGAGAGGAAGAAAAGGAGAAGGGUGGCUCAGGAGGAGGAGGAGGAGGAGGAGGAGGAAGAAGAGAAGUUCAAGCUGAGGUUAUCAGUUUGUAUGACCACCCCACGGGCCCCCAAACACCCCCUCCUCCUCCCCCUCCUCUUCCUUCUUCCUCUGACUCCUCCACCUCGCAUCCCCUUCCUCCGCACCCCCUCCGCCCCCCUGCCCAUGCGGAGUGUCCUGAGGAGGUGGGGACGGGCGGGGGCGGGGGCUCAGUGGUGUGGGUGUGUGUGCGGGUGAGGAGCGCAACGAAGGACGGUUACCUGCACCCCAGCAAGCUACAAGGCGUGCUGGCGCUUCACAGGACUCAGCUGGAGGCGGCGGUGGGGCUCAGGGUGGCGGUCGGGGCUGGAGGCUGGGGCGGCGGGGACAGCGGCAGCGGCGAUGGGGGGGCGACGAGGGGGCAAGGAACGGCAAAGCUGGGGGAGACCCGACCUCAGGAGGAAGCAGGAGAGCCCCCGCACCCUUCCCCCGCGGCCUCCCUCCUCACCCCUCUCACCCACCGGCCACAGGUGACGGACAUGCGCUCCACCGCCCUCGUCACCCCGCGCCUCCAGCCCAGCCACACCUGCCACCACCCCCACGCCCACACCCUCGCCCGCACCUGUGUGAACGACCCCUGUCUGAAUGGCGGCAGGUGUGUCAGGUUCAACACGGGGUUCAGGUGUGUGUGCCCCGGGGGAACGAAGGGGCCAAGGUGCAAGGUGUUGGCACGAACCUUCACUGGGGAUGGCUGGCUGUGGCUGGAGCCCCUUCCUCCCUGCUCCCCAACUUUCCUCUCUCUACGCCUGCUCACCUCUUCUCCUGAUGCCCUGCUCCUCCACUCUGGACCCCUUGACACCCAUCACUUCACACCCUUGUCUCCAUCACCCCAGCUAACUCUGCAGCUGACAGAGGGACAGCCCCACCUGGAAGUGAAGGGCUCCAGUGGUUCUGUCAGUCUGAAGCUCAAAGCAGCUCUUCAUGAUGGUGUCUGGCAUUCGCUGUAUCUGCAUCUGGCAGAGGAGCACGUGGCCAUGAUGCUAGACCAGUGUGGGGAUGGAUGGGCCAAUGACACAGCUGACGACACACAUUGCCUGGUGCAGAAGACCUUGGAGAGACCAGUGGUGGGGAGAGAGGCAUGGGCAGGGGGCUGGCCUCUGCAAGUGGGUGGCUUGGCAGUGUGGAAGGACAACACAACAACCACUCGGCUGACUCUCACACCACAGUCACUGGUUGGCUGCCUCUCACACCUCACAGUGAAUGGUCAGGUGAUGGACUUGGGGCAGCCACCUCACCACCGCCACACCACAAGCAGCUGCUAUCUACAGCAGGCUGCUUGUCACAAGAACUGUGGGCCACAUGGACACUGUGUGGGUGGCCUGCACCAGCCAGCCUGUCAAUGCUCAUCAGGAUGGACUGGGACCACCUGCCUCACACCCACCUUGCCAGCCACCCUUGGUCCUGUUUCCUAUGUCAAAUUGUCCCUCUCUUUCAUGCCACCACCGCACAAGGUGACCUUCUCUGUGCAGGUCAAGGCCAGCGGGGCACCCACUGGACUGGUGCUGGGAUUUGCUGAUUUCCUCCACCCAUCCUCACCUGCCUUGACCCUCCAUCUCCGUGCGGGUGUUGCCUGUGUGACGCUGGCAGGUGACAGGCAGCGACCCAGUCAUGACAGCCAACAGGAGAGUGUGUGGGAGGUAUGUGUGGGUGGCAGGCCACUGGGAGACAAUGCUUGGCACCUGGUGACUGGCGGGUGGAUCGGACGCAGUCUCUUUGUGAAGGUGGAUGAUGGCAUUGACGAAGACACAAGAAAUGAAAGUGUGACACUCCACCCUCGAGUGAUGCCUCUUCUUCGCUCUGCCUCCCUUGAGAAUGUGGUGGUGGGUGGCCUCUCUGGGAGCAGCGGUGCAGAAGGACAGGCAGUGCAGCAUGACUUGCAUCAUGUCUGCUUGGAUGACCUGAGGGUAUGUGGACAGUCACUGCCACUGCCACCCACCACUCAAGCAACACAGUGGGGACAGGUUACUGCCUUCCAGGGUCUCAGCAUGGGCUGCCAUCUUCCCAACCUUUGUCUCAACACCACCUGCCCACCACACCUCACCUGCACUCCUGUGUGGGGCCAUCCUACAUGCAGCUGUGGCCCAGGGAUGGAGCCAGCAGGCCAAGGGUGUCAGGACAUUAAUGAGUGUGUUUGGAGCCCCUGCCUCAAUGGGGGCACCUGCAUGAACCAGCCAGCCUCCUAUGUCUGCCUCUGUGGUGUGGGACACUACGGGGAAAACUGCCAGUGGUCCAAAGUGGUGACAGUCGAGAGUGUGUCUCUGGUGACCCUGGUGGCUUCUACUGCUGCUGCCACUGUCUUCAUAUUGGUGAUGUUUGGUAUCAUCGGAGCACUACUGAUGAAUCGGCGGCACUGUUUUGCCCAUAACAGUGAGGAGGAAGAGGAUGUCACACCAACGAGAAUACUUGGAAACCGACACUGGAUCAGAAGGCACAGAAGACGAAGAAGAGAAGGAAUGGGAGGAGAAAGGGCACAAGUAGAGGAAAGCAACUUAUGGUGGAGAAAGAGGAGAAAAGUGAAAGACCCUCCUCCUAAUAUUCUCCUUUCUCUUCAGUCAAAUCCACCUCCCCCUCCUCCCCCUCCUUCCCUUCCCCCUCCUGCUUCCCCACUUCCUCCACAGCAACAGCCCUUUCCUUCUCCUUCAGAGUCUGAAAUGGAGGUAAUGUCACCUUCAAAUCCAGCAGACAGUUGGAAGGAGAAAGGUGACAGGAUUCUAGGAAAGACACUCAGGCCAGGCAUCCUAGAGGCCAUUGACCUCUUACGGCAUCUCCCAGGGAAGGCAAGGGAGCAGCCAGAAGACAGUAGGACAAAGGGGGCCCAGGGGACCACAUGCUCUGCCUGGGAGGACUGCAACCACCAACAAGCUGCCUCUGCCUCAGCCCUGGAAGGUGUCAUGUGAUCAGAAAAUAAAGGAAAAAAAGGA